UCCUUCCUUUGUCCCUUCAGAGCUGCCACAGCAACAUGUCUGUAAGGAGGAGGAGGUUCUGGCUGACCAGCAGAUCUGGAACCAGGAGAGGAACUCCAUUCUGGACCAAGAGGACCAAGAGCCUCCACAGAUUAAAGAGAAACAGGAGGAACUUUGCAGCAGUCAGGAGGGAGAGCAGCUUGGACUGAAGCAGGAGACCAAUCACUUUAUGUUGACUCCUACUUAUGAGAAAAAGGACCACAGUGAAGCAGAACCAACCAGUGACCAGCAGCUCCUCUGUCACAGCUCUGCUGUAGCUGAGAGCCAGGAUCAGGAAGGAAGCCAGCAUGGAGACUCAGGAUCAGCUAGUAAUGCAGAGCCAAAGCCAACGAGGAGACGUCACAAAGACACAAGUCACAGUAGCAGUGUGGACACCUCUCCCCUGUCAGAGACUCAGUGUAAUCCUCCCACAGACAGAAAGUCUUUAAAGUGUGGCACUUGUGGAAAAACGUUUAGGUACAAGUCUAUUUUUUAUAAACAUCUUAGAAGCCACACAACGGAGAAUCAGUAUUGUUGUGAAACGUGUAAGAAAAAUUUCAGAUAUAACAGUGACUUUUUGGUUCACAUGAGAGCCCACACGGGUGAGAGGCCGUAUGUUUGCAAGACCUGUGGGAAAGGAUUCACGCAGUCAUCAGUUUUGAAGGUUCAUUUGCGAACCCACACAGGGGAAAAGCCGUAUUCUUGUAAAACAUGUGGGAAGAGAUUCAGAACAAACAGUGCCUUUUUGAUCCACAUGAGAACCCACACAGGGGAGAAGCCAUAUGUUUGCAAGACAUGUGGAAAAGGAUUCAUUGCAUCAUCAGAUUUGAAGAUUCAUUUACGAACCCACACAGGGGAGAAGCCGUAUCCUUGUAAAACAUGUGGGAAGAAUUUCACAACCAGCAGUUGGUUAUUGGUCCACAUGAGAACCCACACAGGUGAGAAGCCAUAUUCUUGUAAAACAUGUGGAAAAGGUUUCACGAGAUCAUCAAAAUUGAAUGAGCAUGUUAGAACCCACACAGAUCAGAAGCCAUACAUUUGCACUACAUGUGGGAAAAGUUUCACAUGUAACAUUUCAUUAGUGAUCCAUAUAAGAAUUCACACGGGGGAGAAGCCAUAUGUUUGCAAGACCUGUGGGAAAGGAUUCAUUGCAUCAUCAGGUUUGAAUAAACAUUCAAAAACCCACACAGGUGAGAGGCCAUAUGUUUGCAAGACGUGUGGGAAAGCAUUCAAGAACUCAUCAAACUUUACGGUUCAUUUAAGAACCCACACAGGAGAGAAGCCAUAUUCUUGUAAAAAUUGUGGGAAAACGUUUGCAACAAAGAGUAGCUUGUCGAUUCAUGUGAGAAUCCACACAGGGGAGAGGCCGUAUGUUUGCAACACCUGUGGGACAGGAUUCAGGCAGUCAUCACAUUUGAAUGCUCACUUAAUCGUCCACACUGCUGCAGCACCUGUGCAAAAAGAUGCUACACCACAACGCACUUGAAAAAACACAUAAGAGUUCAUUCGGGUUAAACGUCAUCUUCUAACAAAAUG